AUGUCAACCAAGUGUCUCGUUUGCGAGCAUCCCGAUGGAGGAAGUGCACAUUUUGGGUCCACGUCAUGCCUUGCAUGUGCCGCGUUUUUCCGACGAACCGUCUCGCUGAAUAUUAAUUUUGUGUGCAAAAAGGACAACAAUUGCACUAUUUAUCAUGAAUUACGCAUGAUUUGUCGAGCUUGCCGAUUCGAGAAAUGUUUAGCUGCCGGGAUGCGAAGAGAAUGUGUUCAAAAACGGAGAUCUAAUAAAAAGACGCCGAAGAAAUAUGCCGAUACAUCAGUGAAAAAUGAGAUUGAAGAUGAUUAUGCAGAAGAUAACACCGAUAAUAAUUCACCAAUGUCUGUCGGCAUGAAAUCACCUGCGACCUCGAAUGGUCAACUAGAUAGUCCGAUAACAUCCGAGAAAUGUUUCAAUAAUGGUCCUUCGACAAGUUUUGAAAACGUUGGCAAAUCUCAAAAGAUUACACGAGCUCAAACACCUUGCUCCGUAAUCUUUCCGAAUAUCGGCGUGGGAUCGCUCGACGUACUCCGGUUUUACGUUGAUCAGCUUCGCCAUUCGAUGAAUAGAAGGAGAAUAAUGUUCACUGAAAAUCCGUUGGCCGCUCUAGUCGAAGAUGGUUGCGGAAUGCCGUUUUCAUCAAAAAAUCCACCUCCGCAUUCACUUCAAAGGCAGUUCGAAUCCCAGAGAUUCGAUAACCUUUUAGCAUUCGAUUUUUGUAAGCUAUGUCCGGGAUUUGAUCUACUAGAACCGAUGGAGAAGGCGAUUUUCUAUCGCUCAUGCUCGCUUUCGUACUGCCUUCUCGAUAUCGCCUGGCUGACUGUUCAAGCAUAUCCUGUCGAGCACGAAAAUCCGCUGAUGAUGUUCUCCGAUGGGAGUAUUUGCACAUUAGGCGAUAUGUCGUAUGGAUGGGAAGAUGAAGAAGAAAUUUGUGCACUUGAGAAGAAAAAAUUAUUUUUUUCGUUUCUCAAACGAUUCCAAGAAGCCGUCUGCCGUCCGCUUAGAUGGCAUAAUAUAACGGAAGUCGAAUUCGCCGCAUUGAAAGGCUUAGGCAUUUGGAAAUUAGGUUAUUGUGAGUAUACACAACAUAUAAAAACGAUUGCGAAAGAACACGAGAUUGCGAUUUUGUCAGGUCUAAAGUCAUAUUAUGAGGAGACAAUUAGCGAUCCCUUGGAGGUUGGAAAUCGCCUAGGAAAUAUCAUUCUAAUGCUAGGAACUAUUUUUGAAAUGAACCAUCUCAUUUUGGAAACGUUCACUAGUGCGGAACUCUUCGGUCUUUUCAAAAUCGACACUCUCACUGAAAUGUUGCUAGCGUUAUAG